AUGGUUAAGACCAGAGGAUUAGGUCGUGCCUUAGGUCAGGUUACUAGCAGAGGUGUCGGCAGAGGAGAUCGUGAUGAUUCCGAUGAUGCUCCGCAGUGUCGACGGCCUACUGCAUCCGCACGGAGGCAGCGAGUCGCUGUGACUGCGGAUCACGUCGAUGAGCUAGUCAUCCCUGCGCCAGAUGUUCAGGAUGACUCGAUGGAGGCACCAGCUUCUGUAGAGGACAUUCCUGCGGACUUUCCUGCGGACACAGGCGCAGAGCCUGCUGAGGACGCGCAUGAGGAAUUUUCGGGUGGUCCGAGCGACCCAUCCGUGUUGACCCUGUAUGCGAAUCACGUUGCUUGCAGCGUAUGGACGGGAGAGGAGUGUCCUGAAUUGAAGCUAUCCUCUCAUGGGAGGAAGGUCCACAGUUUAGGUAGGUCUGUCUCUGUCAUUGAGGGACUUGUUGCUGGUACAGGACUAAGUCCUCUAAUCGCGUGUUCGGUAGACACCGGCGAUCAGGGACUUUUUUCCGCGUUUGUGGAGUAG